AUGACCUGUCUUCUGGACCUUUCGCACGAGCUUCUCCAGGGCAUCUUGAGCGAAGUCGACGGACAAGACCUUGCGGCAUUAAGUGCGACGUGUCAUGCCUUCAGCUCGUUUGUAAAAGGCAACAAGAUCCUGUGCAAGAGUGUAUACUUGCGUUCAUGGGUCAGCAGAGACAAUACACGUAUGAUUUUGUACGGCACUGAUGUAGUAGAUAGNGACCAUCCAACAGAAGCUGAGCCCUGCUGGGAGUCAUCAGUACGCAACCUGGUCGCAUUGAAAAAGCUACUCGAAAGCGACAAUCUCGAUACNAAAGGUAUGGGGUCAUCAACAAAACGAAACAUGUGGAUUGUAGGAGCUGACACACGGCAGCGUGAAGCCUUCGCAUGGGCCGCUCCUUUGAUCGCACCACUCUUGACCGUCAAAAACAGCACAAAGAACACACGAUUCCUCGCAGAUCUCUUCAAGUCACAGAAGAACAUCGAUGCCUUCCUCGCCUCAUCAUCCCUCUUCGAACAUGCCGGAAACUUGACACAGCAACCAGCAGAUACAUCAGAGCUACGCCAGCUUGCUGCCAGAUUGCACUGCCUAUAUGGCGUCCCCAUCGAUUGUCAGAUACCGCCAAUGCUUGUCCAAGACGAUAGCGACGACAACUCACCAUCACCAUCAUAUUCAGUUCUCUGGCACCCAGACUCAGCCGAAGAAAGCGUGCAGACCCCGACAAACAACUAUGCUCGUGCUGUAGUCUAUGAUCUCCGACGCUACACAGAAGAGAGUCUGUGGGGACCCUUCAAGAGCGACGGAAGCCAGGACGUCGACUGGGAGAAGGUCGAAUCUAUAAUGGUCGUCCUGGGCUACAACAUGCGUCUCUUCAAUCGACGAGCACCACACGUUUUUGAACCAGUGUGGGAGAAGCCAUUCGAUGGUGCCUCGCCCUACUCGUACAUGUCUGCUCAUCCAACAGCUCUUGUUCGAGAGUUGAGUCCACCCGAAGACCUAGAAAAUCUCGAUCCCUACGGCAUUACCGGAGAAUGGAUGCGCGUCGUCUGUUUCCUGGAUUACCACGACCUAUUCGCCUUCAACUUCUUACACAGUGUCCCCGUCGAUCAACCACGAGAGCCCAUCAACACCCGCGAAGCGAGNAUCAGAAUCAUUCGUCUCAAACUUCGAGUCUCGGCAAUUGAACCACCAGGUCCAGAAGAUGGUCAAGAUUACCCCGUGGUUUCUUUUACAGGCACAAGUUGGAGCCUACACGCGAGUUGGGAUGCAAACGCCAACUCACAGAUCAGAGGCGUAGUUCGUCAAACACCAGAAGGUGAGAUCCGCUGGACUACAUUUUCUAUAUUCCACAGCGAAGAACGCUGGCGCAGCGAAGGCAUCCAAGUCGGCGGCAUACGCUCCGGCCGCGGCGUCCUCGGCAACUGGUUCGACAAGGACUUUGACCGACAUGGACCUGCGGGCCCCACUGCAUUCUGGAAAGUUAGCGAUUAUAUCGAGGAGAAAGACGUUGAAGAGGAAAUUGGGCAUGACGAUGCGAGUCUGGGGGAUGAGAAUUCCGAGGGGGAUACCGAGUAUAUGAGUGAUUAG